UUUUUAGUAUUUUUAUAUAAAAAAUGGAAGGAAUGCCAAGAGCCCCAAUGGUUGCACCAGACAUGAGAGUACCUUCUCAAGCAUUUCCUGAACAGUUAAGACCUGCUAUUAAAGAGUACAUUGCUUCGCAUUUUCAUGAUAAUCCGAAUAAAUAUGAUUCAUCGCUGGAUGAAUUGGAACAUCUACGAACGGUUGUUAGUCAUUGUCGUGCUGAUGUUGAAGCUAUUUGUAUUUCAAAACGUUAUUUUGCACAAUUAUCAAUGAUGAAAAAACGUUUUCCAAUGGAGGAACAUGAUCCAAUUUCGAUUCCUUUUGCCUGGUUUUUAAAGAUUUUUCUUUUAAAAAUUUUUUGUUUUUUAAGGACUGACAGAGGUUUUGAUUUGAUGAAUCAAGUAAUUUAUGAAGACGUUAAUUUUGAAAUGUGUUGUGUAAUGUUAAAUAUUGGGGUGGCACAUGCAUUAGUUGCAGCGGAUGAAUCACGACUUGAAAUGGAUAGUAUCAAAAACGCUUUUAUGCAUUUUCAAUGGGCUUCUUGGCCGCUACAACAUUUAAGAGAUCAUAUGGGGGCUUCACGUUUUACUCUCAGCGAUUUUGAAUCUCCUUAUUUGACGUUUUAUUUAAAUAUAUUUUUGGCUCAAGCACAAGAAUGUAUGUUAGAAAAAUCAAUGAUAGAUCAUCGAAAGCCUGUUGUUAUUGCUCGUGUUGCACUCCAAACACAUGUAAUGUAUCGGAAUUGUGAAGCUUAUUUGAAGUCUUCAGGAAUUUCUGAUUUACUUUCUUCAAGCAAAUAUUCGGAGUUGGAACGUUUUUGUACCACAAAAUCAUUUCUAUAUUCUGCCCUCUACAAUUAUUAUUUGGGACAACAAGCUGAAGAUGAAAAACAAUCUGGAACACGUUUAUUUUACUUUUCGCGUGCUUUGGAUUUGAUAAAAUUAGCACAAAAAGCUGUUGAAAAAGAAAAGAAGAAACAACAACUUGGAGAAACUGUACAAUUUGCUUUUGAUGUUAUUUCACUUUGUGAAGAAAAUGCUCGUAAAGAAAAUAAUUUUAUUUAUCACGAAAGAAUUCCAUCAGAAGAAGAGUUAACAAAAUAUGAAGGUGUAAUGAUGGUUAAACCUUUAAGUUUUGAUCCCUGUGAUCCUUCUAUUGCUGGUGAUGAUUUAUUCCGUGAAUUACUUCCAAAUGAUGUUGUCAAAACAAUUUCAUUGUAUAGUGAAGAAAAAAAUAAAUUUAAAAGAGAAAUACUUGAUUUGGUUGCACAAAAGGAUUCGGAAUUGGAAAAUUACUUAAUUUCAAUGAAGUUUGAUCAAUUAGAAUUAGAUAGACCUUCUGAAAUGGUUCGACUACCAGAUGAACUUUUAACUGCUAGUGCAGCAUUGGCAGCACAACCAGAUCUUUUCUGUGAUUUACUUGAUAAUUUUCAAAAAGUUUCUUCAUUGGCCACAGAAUCAGAAACAAAAUUAUCAGAAUUAAAACAAAGGAUGGGAAAAGUAACAGAUUCAUUUUUUACAAAUGACCAAGGAUUUAUUGCUAUAAAUCGCAAAUUGGAUGAACUUACUAAACAUGAAGCACAAGCAAAAGAGAAUAAUACAGAACUUCAAAGAGCGAUGGCUACACAUUCUAGUAAUUUAAAAAUGCUCAGUAUUCCAUUACCUGAAUUGACAAAGAAAAUUUGUGGAGAUUUUACAAAUCCAGGCGACUCUCCAGAAGGCAAAGAACUUCGUCGUGUUAUUGAUAAAGUUGACGAAAUGCGUUCCCAACGUUGUACUUUAAUUAAACAAUUACGUGAUGAUCUGGAAAUGGAUGAUAUUACAAAGAGGGCAUUAACUGAAAGAGAAUUAGAUUCAAAACAAUUAUUUGAAAAUGAACUACUAAAACAUAAAAAAUUGAAAGAAUUAAUUGAACAAAAUUUGCGUGCACAAACAUUUAUAUUGAAGUCGUUGACUGAGAAGAAUGCAAAUUUUGCUGAUUGUAGAAGGCAAAUUUUGGAAGCAAAUGAAAGUCGUGCAUUGCAAUCCCUUACUUUAGUAACUGCUUAUCAAACAUUUAUUGAUAUUGUCGAAAAAACAAAUAAAGCAUUGGAAUUUUAUGAUCAAUUGUUAAAAGUAUUAAUGGCUUUGGAACGUGGCGUAAAGAAUAUUGAAGAAAUUAAUAAUCAAAUCACACUUGAAAAGGAGAAAAAACGCCAAGCUGAAGAUUCGAGGCGACGGGCAGAAAUGGCUGCACAUGAAGAGAAGUUAAGAAAGGAAGAAGCUGCAAGAGAAGCUGCGCGUACAAUAAAUGAAUUCCGUUUUAAUCGAGUUUAA